AGGGCGGGGUUAAACUCACGGCCUGCAGCAGCUGAGGCAGGGCUAGGAACGAGGCGACGGGAAGAGACCGGAUCGGUCCCAGUGGUGGGCAAGGGACGCUGGGUGGUCUGCAAGGUUUCCAGAGUCAGUUGCCAAGAUGGCACAGUGGAACCAGCUGCAGCAGCUGGACACACGGUACUUGGAACAGCUUCACCAACUCUACAGCGACAGCUUUCCAAUGGAGCUGCGGCAGUUCCUUGCACCCUGGAUAGAGACCCAGGACUGGGCUUAUGCUGCCAGCAAGGAGUCCCAUGCCACAUUGGUAUUCCACAACCUCCUGGGUGAAAUUGACCAGCAAUACAGUCGCUUCUUGCAGGAAUCCAAUGUUCUCUACCAGCACAACCUGCGCCGGAUCAAGCAGUUCCUGCAGAGCAGGUACCUGGAGAAACCAAUGGAGAUUGCCCGCAUCAUAGCCCGUUGCCUCUGGGAGGAGAAUCGGCUGCUGCAGACAGCAGCAACAGCGGCCCAGCAAGGUGGGCAGGCAAACCACCCUACGGCUGCCGUUGUGACGGAGAAGCAGCAGAUGCUGGAGCAGCACUUGCAAGAUGUGAGGAAAAGGGUGCAGGACUUGGAGCAAAAGAUGAAAGUGGUGGAAAACCUCCAGGAUGACUUCGACUUCAACUACAAGACCUUGAAGAGUCAAGGAGACAUGCAGGAUCUGAACGGGAACAACCAAUCUGUGACGCGGCAGAAGAUGCAGCAGCUGGAGCAGAUGCUAACAGCACUGGAUCAGAUGCGGAGGGGGAUUGUGAGCGAGCUGGCUGGGCUUCUGUCAGCCAUGGAGUAUGUGCAGAAAACUCUGGUUGAUGAGGAGUUGGCUGACUGGAAGAGGAGGCAGCAGAUCGCAUGUAUUGGUGGUCCGCCCAACAUCUGCCUCGACCGCUUAGAGAACUGGAUAACGUCCCUGGCUGAGUCGCAGCUUCAGACCCGUCAGCAGAUCAAGAAGCUUGAGGAACUCCAACAGAAGGUCUCCUACAAGGGCGAUCCUAUCGUUCAGCACCGGCCCUUGCUAGAGGAGCGCAUUGUGGAGUUAUUCAGGAACCUCAUGAAGAGUGCGUUUGUGGUGGAGCGGCAGCCCUGUAUGCCAAUGCACCCAGAUCGUCCGCUGGUUAUCAAAACAGGGGUACAGUUCACAACAAAAGUGCGGCUACUGGUUAAAUUUCCUGAGCUGAACUACCAGCUAAAAAUCAAAGUCUGCAUUGACAAGGAUUCUGGUGAAGUGGCUGCCCUCCGGGGGUCCCGGAAGUUUAACAUCCUGGGCACAAACACCAAAGUGAUGAACAUGGAGGAGUCCAAUAACGGCAGCCUCUCUGCAGAGUUCAAGCACUUGACACUGCGAGAACAAAGAUGUGGUAAUGGCGGAAGAGCAAACUGUGACGCCUCCCUUAUUGUUACAGAAGAGCUCCAUCUCAUCACCUUUGAGACAGAGGUUUACCAUCAAGGCCUGAAGAUUGAUCUUGAGACCCAUUCGCUGCCUGUGGUAGUGAUCUCCAACAUUUGCCAGAUGCCAAAUGCCUGGGCAUCAAUCUUGUGGUACAACAUGCUGACAAAUAAUCCCAAGAACGUGAAUUUCUUCACCAAACCACCUAUUGGCACUUGGGACCAGGUUGCCGAGGUGCUCAGCUGGCAGUUCUCCUCGACCACCAAACGAGGGCUCAGCAUAGAGCAGCUGACGACACUUGCUGAGAAACUCCUUGGACCUGGUGUCAAUUACUCUGGAUGUCAGAUAACAUGGGCAAAGUUCUGCAAGGAAAACAUGGCAGGCAAAGGCUUCUCUUUUUGGGUCUGGCUGGACAACAUCAUUGACCUGGUGAAGAAGUACAUCUUGGCACUCUGGAAUGAAGGAUAUAUCAUGGGAUUCAUCAGCAAGGAGCGGGAGAGGGCAAUCCUGAGCACAAAGCCACCAGGCACCUUCCUAUUGCGUUUCAGUGAGAGCAGCAAGGAGGGUGGAAUCACCUUCACGUGGGUGGAGAAGGACAUUAGUGGGAGGACACAAAUCCAGUCAGUGGAGCCAUAUACCAAGCAGCAGCUCAACAGCAUGUCAUUUGCUGAGAUUAUCAUGGGCUACAAGAUCAUGGAUGCCACCAACAUACUGGUCUCCCCACUUGUCUACUUGUAUCCUGAUAUUCCCAAGGAGGAGGCCUUUGGAAAAUACUGCCGUCCUGAGAGCCAGGAGCACCCUGAAGCCACUGACCCAGGUAGUGCUGCUCCAUAUCUGAAGACCAAGUUCAUCUGUGUGACCCCAACCACUUGCAGCAGCACCAUUGAACUGCCCAUGUCUCCCCGCACACUCGAAUCCCUGAUCCAUUUUGGCAGUAAUGGUGAGGGAGCAGAGGAAAACGCCAGCGGCCAGUUUGAGUCCUUGCAGGUCUUUGACAUGGAGAUGACUGCUGAGAGUGCCAACUCACCCAUGUGAUUGGACUCUUCCUGGGUGGCUGAUCAGUUCUGCUUUCCCUGGCAUGAGAAACACUUUCCUCCUCUUGCGUCAUCAUGGAGCCAAUCAAUCCAGGCUCUGCCUCGGCAGGAGACAUUGGACGGUGGGUCUGCCACGAGCCACUUUUGAGUACACCAUUGCUGGCAGCUUCUUGCCUGAGCUGCUGUGACUGGAGGGAAAACCCUACUUAAUUUUAGAUGGGUUUUUUUUUUCAAAAAUAUUUUUCCUUCUGUAUAAAAUGUACUUGUAUAAGAGUGUUCUUAGUUUGUUUUGCUGGACCAAGUGCCUCUUCACGCCCAAUAUUGGCCUCCUGUACAUGUUUGCUGCAUGCCGCAAAAUGCUGCUUCUCCAGCUCAGGCUAACAUGUGAGGGUUUACCCAGUAAUGAAGCGAUUCAUAAUCAUCUAUUCAACAAGCCAGGUGUCAAACAUAGGGAAGAGUAAGAAUAAAUUAUGGCCGAAGGGGAGGGGUCGUUCUUAGAUAUGGGUGUGUUUUUUGUUUCUUUGUCCACAGUAAAGCUCCCUUUUUUUUCCUGCCCCAAACUUGCCAAAUGCUAUGAAGAUGAGCGUAGGCCUAGCACAACAGCCCUGCCCGGUUUUCCAGGGCUAGAGUAACUCCAGGGGCCUGGCUACCUGAGCACUUGUAACUAGGACUUCCAAAAAUGCAUUAGUUUUCUGCCCCACCACCACCACCUGCAUCUAAUUACAACUUUACAGAUGGGGAACAGAGGUUGAGAGAAUGAUGUGCCCAGGGCUGCAAAGAAAAUCCACGGUGGAAGUGAGAUCUCAACCCAGGUCAAUGGGCAGUUCUCUCUCAUGCAGGGCUUCAGGUCAUGGGGUAGCUCUUCCCUGCUCACCUUACGUCCUUGGGGACAGAUGAGACAACCAAGCUGAGUCGGGAGCUCAAAUGCUGGGUUCCCGCUGCAGAACCGUUAUCAGCAUUUCACUCUGGUUAUCUUUGUUUUAAUUAUUAUUUAUUGCACUUUUAUCCCGCCCUUCCUUGAAGGAUCCCAGGGCAGCCUACAUGUUUCUUUCUCUCCCCUCCCCCUGGUCCUUUAAUCAUCACAACAACCCUGUGAGGUAGAUUAAGGAUGAGAGGAAUUUCUCUUGUAAGGUAGAUCAGAAAUAGUGUUUGGCCUGAGGUCACUCAGUGAGUUUUACGGCUAAGUCAAAUUUUGAACCUGGGUCUCCUCAAGAUUCUAGCCUCUACCCUCCUGUCUUAGCUGUAUGUUAGGAGCAAAAAAGGCAAAAAAUGUGACUGCCAAGGUCUUUCCUCCCUCCCACCCCAACCAGGCUUUCUUUUGCUUAGGCUAGCCCAUUCCCGACACUUACAAGGUUUUUAUAUUCUUAGCUGUAGUAAUAAUAAAAAACAUUCUUUGCCAACCAUUCUGUCAGCAUUCUGGGCCUUCUCCAUGUGUUCUGUGGCUGAAGCCUCAGCAGUACCUGAUGCUAGUCAGCUGCUGCUUGCCUAGGAUAUUGGUGUAGGAACAAAAAGCUCAGAUGCUAAUCAUCUAGUUCAGCCUUUCCCAACUAGUGAGCCUCCAGAUGUUGUUGGACCACAACUCCCACCAGCCUCAGCCAGCAUUGCCAAUGGUCAGGAAAGAUGGGAAUUGUGGUCCAACAACAUCUGGAGGCACACUGGUUGGGAAAGGCUGAUCUAGUUGUAAGUCUGAGCUGCUGGGCUUGUGGGAGUUGCCCAAUUGGUCCUUCCUGAUGAUGAGGGGUGUGUAUGAUGAAACAUGUUUUCCAGUAUUAUUUAGAGGCAUUUCUGCAGGAGACGGUUCUUUUCCUAACAGCAAAUAUUGCUUCUGGGAGUUGUAGGCCAAUAACAUCUGGAGGCACCAGGUCGGCCAAGGCUACCUUUCAGCAAUCUUCAGAAUGCCAAGCCUAGAGGUGUUCCAGCUAGCUUAUUCACACCAAAUCCUUGGUACCAAGCUGCUCCCCCCUGCCCCUUCCACUCAACCCAAUUUUUUUUCUCUAUAGCUAACUGCUCCCCAGAGCAUAAAGAUCUUAAUAAUUUGUUUUGUAUAUUUUAUUGAUGUACCUACAGGCUUCAACUUUCUCUGAAAUAAAUGUUCUUAAGACCA